UUUCAACUUGUCUUCACGCAUCUUUCUCUGUCUCUCUCUCAUUUCGUCUUCGAUAUGGCUGAUAUCCAGGCGAUCGCGAAGCAGUUCACUGAUUUCUACUACACGACGUUCGAUACCAACCGUCAGGGUCUGCAAAGUCUCUACCGUGACCACUCUAUGAUGACAUGGGAGGGCUCGCCGAUCCAGGGGGCUGCUGCUAUUGUUGAAAAGAUCACUUCCCUUCCCUUCACGAAGGUGCAGCAUAAGGUCACUACGCUUGACGCUCAGCCAUCUUCCCCAACCAUCCCGAGUCUCAUCGUCAGCGUGACUGGACUACUCGUUAUCGAUGACAGCGAGAAUCCCCUGCAAUUCAGUCAGAUCUUCCAGCUGAUUCCGGACGGUAGCAGCUAUUAUGUAUACAACGACAUCUUCCGUCUCAACUACGGUUAAUCGCGCGAUUAUUCGGUUCCACUCGACAAACGGCCCAAAUUCUAGGUACCUCCGCUGUAGAGAAGCUGUAAUUUCAGGAAUUCAUGUAAUACGACCGACCAAUGAUCAGGUAUCUCGUCUAACAUCCGCUAUAUACACGGAACUGCUCUCCCUUGAUCAUCAC